AUGUCCAGCCUCCAAGAGCUGUGCUCCGGCCUGCCCCUGCACCCCCUCCCUGAGAACCGGGGCCGCCGGCCUGGGGUGCCCCACGCCCCAGUCAGGACCCCCGGGCUCAGCCCUGAGGAGGAACAGCUGGCGCUGCGGAACGCCCUGCGCUACUUCCCCCCCGGCGCCCAGGAGCUGCUGGCCCCCGAGUUCGCCCAGGAGCUGCGCCUGUACGGGCACAUCUACAUGUACCGGCUCUGCCCCAGCAUGGAGCUGAAGGCCUACCCCCUCGACCAGUACCCCUGCCGGACCAAGGCCGCGGCUGCCAUCAUGCACAUGAUCAUGAACAACUUGGACCCUGCCGUGGCCCAGUUUCCACAGGAACUCGUGACCUAUGGAGGAAACGGGCAGGUGUUCAGCAACUGGGCUCAGUUCUGGCUCACCAUGUCCUACUUGUCGAAGAUGACAGAGGAACAAACCCUGGUCAUGUACAGUGGACACCCACUGGGCCUCUUCCCCAGCAGCCCUGGCGCCCCGAGGCUGGUCAUCACCAACGGCAUGGUCAUUCCCAACUACUCCUCCAGGACAGAAUACGAGAAGCUCUUUGCCCUGGGCGUCACCAUGUACGGGCAGAUGACGGCGGGCAGCUACUGCUACAUCGGCCCCCAGGGGAUCGUCCACGGCACCGUGCUCACAGUGCUGAACGCCGGGCGUCGGUACCUGGGGGUGGAGGACUUGGCUGGCAAGGUCUUCGUCACCUCCGGCCUCGGAGGAAUGAGUGGCGCGCAAGCCAAAGCCGCCGUCAUUGUGGGCUGCAUCGGGGUGAUAGCAGAGGUUGACAAAGCUGCGCUUGUAAAGCGCCACCAGCAGGGCUGGCUGAUGGAAGUGACGGACAGCCUGGACCACUGCAUUGCCAGGCUCAGGGUAGCAAGAAAAAACAAGGAGGUUCUCAGCCUUGGCUACCAUGGCAACGUAGUGGAUCUCUGGGAGCGGCUGGUCCAUGAACUGGACACGACCGGGGAGCUGCUGGUGGAUCUGGGGUCAGACCAGACGUCCUGUCACAACCCGUUCAAUGGCGGCUACUACCCAGUGCAGCUCAGCUUCUCAGAGGCCCAGAGCCUCAUGGCGUCCAACCCGGCUGCCUUCAAGCGCCUGGUGCAGGAGAGGUGGGGCGGGCGGUCCCUCGGGGCGGCCACGGGGCCUGGGCUCGGCCUGGGGUGGGCUGCAGGGCCUGGGCUCAGCCUGGCACCUGCCCCGCGAUUCCGCGCAGGAGCGGACGUGGAGAAGAAGGGCGCCGGCAAGAUGGAGUUCCGCUACCCGUCCUACGUCCAGCACAUCAUGGGGGACAUAUUCUCCCAGGGGUUCGGGCCUUUCCGCUGGGUGUGCACGUCGGGAGACCCCCAAGACCUGGCCGUCACCGACCGCCUGGCCACUUCUGUGCUGGAGAGGGUCAUCGCGGAUGGAGUGAAGGAGUCUGUGAAGCUGCAGUACCUGGACAACAUCCGCUGGAUCCGAGAGGCAGCCAAGCACCAGCUGGUGGUGGGCUCCCAGGCCAGGAUCUUGUACUCAGACCAGAAGGGCCGCGUGGCCAUUGCUGUGGCCAUUAACCAGGCCAUCGCCAGUGGGACGAUCAAGGCGCCGGUCGUCCUGAGCCGUGACCACCAUGACGUGAGCGGCACCGACAGCCCCUUCCGGGAGACCUCCAACAUCCACGAUGGCUCUGCCUUCUGCGCAGACAUGGCUGUGCAGAACUUCGUGGGAGAUGCCUGUCGAGGAGCCACCUGGGUGGCGCUUCACAAUGGAGGAGGUGUGGGCUGGGGUGAGGUGAUCAACGGGGGAUUUGGCCUGGUGCUGGACGGGACCCCAGAGGCCGAGGAGAAAGCCCGGAUGAUGCUCAGCUGGGACGUCUCCAAUGGCGUGGCCCGGCGCUGCUGGUCUGGGAACUCAAAGGCCUAUGACAUCAUCUGUCAGACCAUGAGGGAGAACAGUGGUUUGGUGGUGACUCUCCCGCACCAGGUGGCCGAUGAGCACCUGCUCCAGCGGGCCCUGCAGCCCUGAGAGGAAGCUGGUCCUCCCCUCCUUCCUCCUCCCCCCUCUCCCCUCAGCCAUCCUCAGCCUGCUAGCCACAGCACACCUCUGGCCUCUACACACACACUUUCCAUGGUCCUCAGAGUGCCUGGACAGGGUGCAUUGCUAGCUCACUCUGCAGGGCCGAGGUCUCCAGCCAGCCAUGCAGAGGACUUGCUACAGCAGGGCCCAAUCCAGGGGGAGCCUUGACCUCACGUGGA